ACACACACAAAAUAUCAGAGAUCAGAGUUGUUCCUCUCUCCUUCAAGGAACUUCUCCAUCGCACGCAUGAGCUUCUUCUUCUCCUUUCCUCACUUACAGUGCCACCGCCGCCACCCUAACCACCGCAUCUACCUUCUCCUUCUUCUCCUCUCUUUUAAAUACUGAACCAGUAGAACAUAGCCCCUGUAUCUCUCGUUCUUUCUCGUUCGCAGAACAAAUCAAGCUCAAGCUCCUAUUCUCUUCAUCUCAGGUGAGCUCCAGCACACCGGCGCCACCUGCAGCAGCGUCUAUCCCCACCACCGCCGCGCCUCUCUCUCUCUCCUUUUAUCCCCACUCAGUUCUGGCUCGCAUAUCUUCUCAGCACCGUAGCCAUCAUCUCCUCCAGUCAAUGCUUCCAGUGUGAUAGUGAUCCUUCUAAGAGGUUCAUCGUUUUUUCCAGAUGAGGUUCUUGAGCGUGUUAUUGGGAUGCUGAAAUCAAGAAAGGACAGAAGCUCUGUGUCACUGGUUUGCAAGAAGUGGUACAACGCUGAGAGAUGGUCAAGGAGGAACGUGUUCAUAGGUAACUGCUAUUCUGUGUCCCCUGAGAUCUUAACCCGAAGGUUCCCAAACAUAAGAAGUGUUACACUGAAAGAGAAGCCACGUUUCUCUGAUUUUAACUUGGUUCCUGCAAAUUGGGGUGCUGAUAUUCACUUUUGGCUUGUGGUGUUUGCUGAAAAGUACCAUUUUCUUGAAGAGCUUAGGCUUAAGAGGAUGACUGUUACUGAUGAGAGUUUGAAGUUCUUGGUGCGCUCUUUUCCAAACUUCAAAGCUAUUUCCCUUCAAAAUUGUGAUGGUUUCAGCACUGAUGGUUUGGCUGCAAUUGCUGCUGAUUGCAAUAGCUGGGAUUGAUAAACCCUAGGAUUGUGAUUUAAUUGGAGGUCAGUUUUUUCUUCUUCAAGCUCUUAAUGAUUUACAAUCAUAGUUAUUAUUUGUUUAUUUAUUUAUUGUUUGAU